AUGGACGACCCAGCAUUCAUAACCGAAACCGACACCACCACUCAAACCAUCCUCCUCGCCGCCUCUAACCACGAUCUCUCCGCCCUAAAACCCCUCCUUCGAGUACCCGGCGCAGCCUCUGUCCAAGAUCCCGAAACAGGAUUUACACCUCUCCAUGCCGCCAUUGCAUCCUGCGAAGAUUCUCCUUCACCAGAAGAUAUAGAAGCCGCGAAAGCGACUAUUAAAGAGUUAUUUUUAUCAGGAGCUAUUUGGAAUGAUCUGGAUACGAACAAUGAGACACCGGGUUGUCUGGCUUAUAGAUUAGGUAGGAAGGAAUUAUAUGAAUUGGUUGUGGAUGCUGGUGUGAGGGCAGAACUUUUAAUGAAUUUGAUGGGUGGUUAUGAAGAAUUGAGUGAUGGGGAUGAUGAGGAGGAAGAUGAGGUAGAGGAAAUGGAAAUGGAAACUGGUGACGGUGUGCAGAUUAUUGUCGAUGGAGAAAAGACUUCCGCAGAAGAGACCACAGAAGAAAACGUAGAACAAGCCGAGGUGGAAGAAACCCCAAAGAAAGAUGUCAAUUCCGCAGAUUACCUACAAAGUAAACUCGAAUUCACCGACGACAAACUCCUCGAUGCAGACGCGAACGGUGUAAUGAUGGCAUGGGAAACCACCAUCAUGCAACGCACUGUUGAUCUCCUCAUCCCCGCAUCAUCUCCCCCUUUACGAAUCCUCAACAUCGGAUUUGGAAUGGGUAUAAUCGACACCAUGUUCGCAUCCACAUCACCAGCUAGCCACCACAUAAUCGAAGCCCACCCGGACGUCCUCGCACACCUUCAAACGCCCGGCCACAAAUUCGGAAAAGAAUGGGAAGUCUCCGCACCAGAAGAAGGAAGUUAUAAAAUCCACGCUGGUCGCUGGCAGGAAAUCCUACCCACGCUUCUCGAAGAGAAUCUCCAGUUUGAUGUCAUAUAUUUUGACACAUUCGGAGAAUCCUACAUGGAGCUCAAGAAAUUCUUCUCUGAAUACGUCAUUGGACUUUUAUCCGAGAAUGGAAAAUUCAGUUUUUUCAAUGGGUUAGGAGCGGAUAGAAAAGUCUGCUAUGACGUAUAUACGAAAGUUGCGGAGCUUGAUCUCUGUGAUGCGGGUUUGGAUGUUGAUUGGACAGAGGUAGAAGUAGAAGAGCUAGGGGGCGAAGGAGAGGGAGAAUGGAAGGGCGUGAGAAGAAGGUACUGGGUUUUGGAUAAAUAUCGUUUACCCAUUUGUGGAUUUAUGGGAUGA